AAAAAAAAAUAUUUCUAAUUUCUCCUUGAGAACUAAAUAGUUAAAAUAAAAAAAAACAAAUUCCGGGAAUAAUUUUCCACUAAGCAAAAAAAAAAAUAGUAACAAAAAAAACCUUGUUCAGUGAAAGCCGAUCAUUGUGUUGUCUCUAUGUCCUAUAUUAUUUCCAUGUACAUAAACAAAUAUAUAAAACAUGUACAUAAAUUUAUAAACGGUCAAUUUAGUUGGUAUCAUAGAAUGAGUCUCGUGUUUUUGUUGUUGAAUGUGAAUUUGUCAUGAAUCCAUUUGGUUAUUUUUUUUCGUUUCGUUAAAUCGUACGCAGCCUUUUGAUCUGUUGAGAUAUAUUUUUUUUUAUUGUCAUUUUAUAGUGUUUGUUAAGUGGAAAUAUUGGAAAAUUAUUUAAUUUUUUUCCUAACAGGCACCAUUUAAACAAAAAUUCUCUUAAUUAAUUUCGCAAAUGAAAAUACUAGCUGAGACAGUGUGUAGGAAAUAGAAUUAAUAAAAAAAAAAUAUGCAAAUGCAAAAAAAAAAAAAACAAUCUGAAACGAUGAAGUUCGUAAGGAUUUUAUAAAUUCUAAUUUUAACUUACUUAAAAGAAGCAAACAUUCAAACACCUUGAAUAGUAAUAACAUGCGUAGAACUUAACUUAAAAAAUGCAAGAACUGAUACCAUAUAUUCCUUGAUUUUUAAAUAUCACAAAAAAUGUUAAACGAAUAAAAAUCGUCACAAAAUACGAUGAUACUUUUGAGAACAUUAAAUUAACCGAAAAUAAAGCUUCAUGAUCAAUAAAUGAAAGUGCCACGUCAAUAAAAAAAGAAAAAUAUAUAUAGAAGAAACUAGUAAAGUUAAGAAAAUAACUAAAUCAGCGGACAUCAUUGUAAAUUAAUAUAAGUGUUGUGUUAUUUUGUUUGAUUUUAUUUUCUUAUAAUAAUUUCUUAAAAACGUACAAAGUAAACGUCUAGCAAACAUUGGGCAACAUUUGUGUGAACUUGUUCAGCGACAAGGAGACGUCUCUGGACUAAAUAACAAUGCGGCCGAAAGUGAUGAAUCAUCAUUUUCUAAAGGAGCUCCUGCUAAAUGCCAACCAUGUCGUUUUCUUAUCCUUCUUCUUGAUGAUACAACAAAUUGAAUUGGACAAUUUAUACCAGACAUGCUAAUGGUUUUUAAUCCAGUCGUAUCACAUGCACGACCUAUAGAACUAUCGGCUAACGCAUGCUCUCUAAACAUUAUUAAAAGAUAAACAAAACAUCAGAAACAAAAUACAUGUCUGCACACACAGUAAAUACAUUUGGAUCAGGACGAGGAUCAGCUAAGUACGACGAAGAGCAGACGAGCACUUCCAAAGAAAGUUUAAACUCAGUUUGUUUUGGCAGACAUGUAUGCCGAAAAGCGAACAAGUAUACGUAAAAAAUGUGUCUCUGUGGAAUCAAGUUUGCUACAAACCGAACAACAUACUAACAAUGCUGAUUGCAAUCAGAGUGAAGUUAAUAAUAGAAAUAUAAAUAAUGGUAACAAUUCAAUAGCAACAGUAUCGAAAAAACAACAAAUCCAUCAUCAACAACAACUAAAUCAACGGGUCGUCUUGCCCGGUACCGGACUUGCAAGUAGUAGUAGCAUAACAAGUGCACGUCGUCCUUAUUUGGUUAGUCGUGAUUUGGAAUUUCUUGCUCACAACACAUUACCUUUUAAUCGUACGAACGCAAAUAGCAGCUUAUGGUCGACAACGACAACAACGGCCUCUAGCGGUGUAAACAUAAAUUCAACGAAAUACGUUCAUCAAAGAAACAGGAGUUCUAGUUCCAACAAUAACAGUAACAAUAGCAGUAAAUUACAUUUUAAUUCCAAAGGCUUAGUUCGACAAAGGAAAUAUAGCACAGCGAACUUUGUACCAAAUCAAUGCCAUUCGGCGUCAUCAAUAUCUUCAUCAAUAGCACAGCAACAGCAGCAGGUACAAGUUCGACAAUCACCAUCAGUACUGAAUCUACCGUCUUUGAGUCAACAGCAAAAUUCACAUCACCAUAAUUCGGAGCAUAUAAAUAAUUGUUUUAAUUUAGAAAAACACCAACAAAGCAACUCAUCAUCCUCGUCACAAUCAGCAGGAGGUCUUAUAUCAGCAGCUUUAGCAACCGUCACAUCAUUAAGAAAUUCAUCAAACGCUAAAUCAACAGCCGCCAUCACGGGUAAUUUGUUAAGUCGAGUUUUAUUGGAAUUCUCUUCGGCGACCCGAUCAAUUGCUAACACAAACGAUAAUAAUCGAAGCAAUAGCUUAGCUAGCAGUUCUGCUACAGUUGGGAGUGCUGGUACCACAGUACCAAUUGGAAGUGAGGCCGCUGAAGAAUCAUCCAAUAAUUUUAUUUCUGUUGUAAGUGACGAUAGCGAAAUAAAUAAUCAGCCAAUCUUAAAUGGAAUAAGAGAAUAUAAUUUAAAUAAUAAUUACAACAGCUUUCUAUAUACACAGCAACAGCAUCAACACACUCAAAUACAACAAAGCAAGAGCAAUAACACUUCACCCAUCAAGCUAAUUCAAAGACAGAAUUCUGUGCCAUCUAGAGGCAUUACUACAAGUACUGGAAGUGGAAACACAAUAAAAAGUGUCAUUGAUCUUCGUUACAAAAUAAAGUCCACAACAGUUGAUAGUAGUGAUUCGCACGUUGGAAACACUGGAAGCUCGUCAUCAACAAAUGCACCAACUUUUAGGCUCUCUGAAAGCAAAAAGUCCAUUAAAAAUAGAAAAUCUUUUCUUGAACAGGUUCCUUCAACCGAAUGUGGCAGUUCAUCGCGUAAAGUUGAUGUAAAACACAACAGUGCUAAAUUUUCAACAAGAAAAAAAUCCAAUAUGGAUCAAGAUAAAAAACCUAAAGCAAAGAAUUUAGCCUCGUCUACUAGUAAUCAGGACCAUGACCGGGAUCGAAGUGAAGAUACAUCUUAUGCCAGUGAUAGUACUGACUCCAAAGAAACAAUAGUAUCACGUAAAACUUUGUCAACAAAUGUGCCAACAAUUAUUUCGGAUGCAGCCGUAAAAUGCGAACCAUCAGUUUUGUCAAUCGAAACAACUUUGGAUAACUCACAAACAAAAAAACCUAGUGAUGAUUUAGAAAAGACCUUACCCGCUGAGAGUUCGUCGUGCGGCGGUGAUACCAUUCGUGAAGGUAAUGGUGGUGGUAGUGAAAGCAGCGUUAGCGGCGGCGUUGAUGAAGCAUUUAGUGAUAAAACUUCCAUCGUUCCUAUAUCAAUGUUAAAGUCUUCUCCUUCAAAUUUAGCUGUUACAACACCCCCAACAUCGUCGUCGACAAUAUCAACGGCCAUUGAAAAGUUUUGUCCAAACAAUCGUUUUGUACGGAAAUCAGUCGAUAAUAACUUUUCGCAAUUUACAAAGGGUGGGAAUUUUUUUUUAGAUUCGGCCGAUAUUGAGACUGAAUUCCCAAGGGAUUAUGAUGACAAUAUUGAAAUUUUAUCACGAGAAGCUGAACACUUGGAAGAGCAAUUUCAUAAAGUCGGAGAUACUGAGACUGCUUUAUUUGAAGAUUCGGGGAAAAUAGUCGUAGACCGACUGAAAAAACAAAGCAAACCACAAGAUGAUGAAGACGAUGAACCAAUUGGAAUGUCACCGUGUGGUCGAUUUUUCAAAUAUGAUAAAGAAGUUGGCAGGGGAUCUUUUAAGACUGUAUUUCGUGGUUUAGAUACUCAAACUGGAGUUGCAGUAGCUUGGUGUGAAUUAUUAGAUAAAAAAGUAAAUAAGGCUGAACGUAAUCGUUUUCGUGAAGAAGCUGAAAUGCUUAAAAAACUACAGCAUCCAAAUAUUGUACGCUUUUACAAUUACUGGGAGGCAAAUGUUGGAAAAAGAAAAAAUAUAGUCCUAGUCACUGAAUUAAUGCUUUCAGGAACACUUAAAGCAUAUCUACGACGUUUCAAGAAAAUUAAUCCGAAAGUUUUGAAAUCAUGGUGCCGUCAAAUAUUAAAGGGCUUACAUUUUCUACACUCUCGCACCCCGCCUAUAAUACAUCGUGAUUUAAAAUGUGAUAAUAUAUUUAUAACUGGUACAACUGGCAGUGUUAAAAUUGGAGACUUAGGUUUGGCUACCCUAAAAAAUCGAAGUUUUGCUAAAUCGGUAAUUGGUACACCCGAAUUUAUGGCACCGGAAAUGUAUGAAGAACACUAUGACGAAGCUGUGGAUGUGUAUGCGUUUGGUAUGUGUAUGUUGGAAAUGGCUAUUUCUGAAUACCCUUACAAUGAAUGUUCCGGGCCUGCUCAGAUUUAUAAAAAGGUAAUAUCUGGUAUAAAACCGGCUAGCUUCGAUAAAGUCGAGAACCCAAAGGUUCGUGAAAUAAUAGAAAGAUGUAUUCAAUUGAAAAAAGAAGAUCGUCCGAGUUGUAAGGAUUUAUUAAACUCUGAGUUUUUCGGUGAAGAUAUUGGUAUACGUUUAGAACCAACAACAACGGAAGAAUUUCUGAAUAAUCCCGAUAAGAAUGAUAUUGAAUUUCGUUUAAGAUUAUUAGAUCCAAAGAAAAGAUCUUACAAACAUAAGGAAAACGAAGCAAUUCAGUUCGAAUUUGAUAUAAAAAAUGAUGAUUGUGAAACUGUUUGUAUGGAUAUGUGUAAGGCUGGCAUUAUAAGUGAAGAAGAUUCCCGGGCUGUGGUAAAAAUGCUUAAAGUUCAGAUUGUGUCAUUGCAAAAGGAACGGAAACAAAGACAAACACAGAUGCAGCUGCAGAAUGAGAAGUCAAGACUAGAAAAACUGGCUCUAAUUGCACAGAGAGAAAUGUAUGAAACAAACUGGGACUACAGUGAAAUAAUGCAUUUGGAAGAAGAAGAGGAUGAUGAUGAUUAUUACGAAGAUGAAGAUGGCAAUGGUGUUGUGCUGCUUGUUGGUGGUACAACUAAUGCACCUGCAAUUGUCGCAUUUCGUGAAGAUAAUGAAAAAUUACAAAGCCAACAAGAAGUUACUAGUGGCCCUGUGCUUAUUAAUAAUGAUAUACCUGGUAAAGUAGAAGGUGGAGAUGUUAAUGAAAUGCAAGUUCCAACAUCUGGAGAUGUUGCUUUUGUUGAAAUGAAAAAGGGUAAUGAGUUGGAACUUUCAUCUGAACAACAAAAUCAAGCACUUUUGCAGAAUCAAAUAACUCGUGAACAAUUAUGUCAACAGCCAAAUCAAUUUGAACAACAGCAACAACAAUUUCAGCUUAACCAGGUAGGGCAAUAUCAACAACAACAACAACAACAAAUAUACCAACCCCAACAAAACAAUAUAUCUAUUCCCAGUCAACAGCAGCAGACAUCUGCACAGUACGUACCAAUUGUUCAAACACAGCAACAGCCACAACUUCAAACACCUCCAUACUUAAAUCAGGAACAUGAACAACUGCAGCAAGUUCAAGUAUCAAAUAUGUUCGAGCAACCACCAUUAACACCACAUCAGGUAAAAAUAGUUCCUAAUUACUCCAACCAGACUUCAGUAACUGAGCACCCCCAACAACAGCAAUCAGAAUAUAUUCAAAAUCCGUUACAACAACAGCAACAACAGGUAACACAGCUGCACCAGCAACGGGUCGAUCAGCAAAUGCAACAGCAGUUUCAACAUCAACAGCAAAUGCAGUUUCAGCAAAAACCACAAGAACAACAGCAGCAACUACACCAACAAGUAUCACCUCAGAUUCAUAAAUCACAAAACCUUAUACAUCAACAGAAUCAGCAGUCCUCUCAACCAAUUUCCCAACAGCAGCACCAGCAAAACGACAUACAGCAACAACAAGAUCAGACAAAUCAAGAAUUAGCAGCAUCACCUACAUUAGCAACUAGCAAUAAUAAUGGUUCUCAACUGAAGCCAAGGACAAGCAAAUCGAAACGUACCAAUCGUGGCACAGAAAAAAUUCCUAAAUUGAGCGUUACCAAUAUUGAGAACAAUACUGUAGUUGAUUGUCAUAUGGAAAACAAACCUAAAACCAUCACCUUUAAGUUCGAUAUCAGCGAUGUAAACCCUAUAGAUGUUGCUAACAAUUUGAUAUCACAAGAUCUUCUUGCACAAAGUCAGAGUACGGUUUUCGUUGAUAUGAUAAAGGACAUUGUACGUCAAGUUAAACUCAACCCAGAACAAAUCCCAGUUCCAACAACAUUCCGCCGCAAUAUGGAAAAAGUACGGCAUGCGUCCUUAACUCGUCAGCGGUCCAUAUUUAGAACUCAUCAACGCCAUCGUUCUCGCGAUGAAACCUCAUCGGAUAUGUGCAAAAUGUUUGAAUCAUCUAUGAGUACCAUGGAACCAGCAUUGUCAUCAUCGUUUGGAAAUCUAAUGUCUAGUCAGCAGCGUUUAAAUAUGUUAACUGCAAAUGAACAACAACAAAGUGCCUGUUCUCAAGAAUUUGUUUCACAAAAACAAAAUCAAUCUGCAGAAACGAAACAAGCUGGAUUAGGAGACAAGGCGUCUGAGGAGAGGCAAGAUGAUGCUGCUUUUAUAACAGUCUGUGAUAUGGUUCAAGGGGAAUCCGGCAUAGUUAUAGAUUCUGGUUCAUCAACACCUCCCCAAAUGUUAUCAUAUGGUUGUGGAGGUGCUUCUGAGUUGAGCUAUAGUGAAAAUGUUGUCGCAUCGCGUCCUGCGUCACGAAAAACAAGCACAGCUUCCGAAUAUACAUCUAUUUCGUCUGAUUAUACACCGGAUAAUACAAUAACGUCAUCUUCAUCACCUUCCACAAUCGAACAAGGUCACAAUAAGUCCUUGUCCAAUGAACUAGAAGGAGAUGGUAGCAGCGGUGGGAAUGAUGGCGGUGUUGGAGGUGCUGUUGACAUUAAUGAACUAGUUCUAGAUUGUCGACAGAUCUCUUCAGGUGGUACUAUGAGCACCGGUAUUGAUAUAUUUGAAGAUGGUUCACUGGAAGAUGCCACACCAAAUGGUGAAAAUGAUAUAACUCUGGAUGAGGAACUGCAGGGUCAAUCCUCACCAAUAUGUUGUACACAAAAAGAAUCAUCUUUCGUUCCGGUUAUUGCUCAAAAAAUUGAAGACUCAAUCGAAAACACCGAAAUUUUAGACGAAACUAUGAGUGUCACUAAAUGUCAACCUCAAAAAGAGCAACAGCAACAACCAAAAGGACGAAAAAUUUCAAGAUUUUUGGUUAAUCCUGUUAUUGUGCCGUCAUCAAAUUCAGAUAUCAUGGAAGUUGUUACAUCUAAAAAAGAUAUAAUUAACACACAGCCAGUGGUUGAAAUAAACAAAUCAGAUCUUGUUGAAGAGAAAGUUCAAGCCAACAUUGUUUCACAAGCACCAACAGUUGUUGAAAUGGAAGAAAAUACUAUUCCUACUAUUUUUGGUGAUGAUGUUUCACUAUCACCUCAAACGCAGCAAAAUUUAGUAAUCACUCCUGUUCUAGCUCAGCAUUCAUUGAAUCAGCAAAAUCAAGUGCAAUCAUCUUCAACAACCCCCCAACAGAUCUCACAACCACUGCCUGCUGUUCAAUAUCCUCAGCAACAGUUUCAAGAUAUUUCUCAGAUUCAACAGCAAGUGGGAACUCCACUGCAGCAAGGCUCAGUUAUGAGCCAAUUACAAUAUAAUUCAGAAAAUGCAAGUCCCCAGCAACAACCACAAGAAAAUCUCUAUCCGCAACAAUUAAUAUCUUUGCAACAAAAAUCGGAAUUAAUUCAACCACAUCUGUUACAAAAAAAUCAACCACAACAAAGUGUGAUGCCAGAAUAUCAACAACAACACCAACAACCCCCAUCACCUUUAAUUCAGGAUCAAAACUUAGGUUCAUCGAAUGAACCACCUCUUUCACAGCCAGCGCAUACCAUACUCUUGGUAAAAUCGUCCGCUGGCCCGGAAUCAUCUACAACAAAUACAUUGGAACAGUUAAAAAUUGGUUUGGAAAAUAUCACACACGCACACCUGGUCACUGCUAAGAACAAUUCCUCUGGUCAACAACAACAACAAAACCAUGCUCAAUUGCAAACAACACAGCAACCGCAACAUCAAUCACAAUCAGAAAAUUUUCAGCCAACAACAAUUCAGCAGCAAUAUCAACAACAGCAGCAGCAACAAAUACAAACUCAAGUGCCAUUAAAUCUUGAAAAUAUUCAAUCUUCAACCAUUUCUCCAAGUGAUUCGAUUUUACAGCAGCAGAAACAACAGAAAGUAUCACCGCAACUAAUUCCACAAAAUGUCCCCGCUCAGCUUUCUUUUAAAAUCAUCGAUCAAGAAGAGAUGGGGACGUUGCACCAACCGCAAGAUCAUGCGCUAGAACUACAACUAGAACAACGACAACAAAUACAAGAUAAUCAACAACGACAAAAUCCACAACAACAAUUACAAGAACAGCAACAACGACAACAGCAACAAACACAACUGCAACAACUACCACCUACACUACAACCACUAACACAGCCAACAGUAAUUCAAACACAACCAAUACAACAACAACCAAUACAACAACAACCAAUGCAACAACAAUCAAUACAAAAACAGCCAACCCAACAACAGCAAACCCAACAACAGCAAACCCAACAACAGCAAACCCAACAACAGCAAACCCAACAACAGCAAAACCAACAGCAGCCAACACAGCAACAACCAACACAACAGCAACCAAUACAACAACCAACACAACAACCACCACAACAACCAACACAGCUACAAUCAACACAACAACAGCCAUUAACACAGCAACAGCAACCACCAUUGCAACAACAGAAGCCACCACCAACACAACAACAGCAACACCCACCAACACAACAACAGCAGCAGCAACAACAACAGCAACAACAACAACAAUACCAACAACAGCAGCAGCAACAACAACAAUCACAACAAACACAACAACAACAAACACAACAACAAACACAACAACAUCAUCAGCAACAACACCAGCCACACCAACAACAGCAGCAGCUGCAUCAGCAACAGCAGCAGCUUCAGCAGCAACAGCAGCAGCUGCAGCAGCAGCAACAACAACAGCAACAACAACAUCUACAACAUCAGCAACACCAACAACAAAUACAACAACUACAACCAUCACAACAGCAUCUAUAUCAGCAGCAACAAGAACAGCAAUACCAACAACAUCAGCAAUACCAACAAUUACAACAACAUCUUCAUCAACAACAUCAGCAAUACCAAUAUCAGCAACUGUACCAGCAACAAUUACAACAACAACAGCAAGAAUAUCAACAACAAGAACACAAGCAACAACAACAAUAUCUUGAACAACAACACGCAUUACAACAACAAUAUCAACAACAGCAAAAUCAGCAAUACCAACAACAGCAAAAUCAGCAAUACCAACAACAUCAAAAAUUCCUGCAAAACCAUCUAGAAAAUGAAGAAGAAGAAAAACAAAAAAGAGAACAAGAAAAAAUACGAACACAAGAACAAAAUAAAGAACAAGAACACCAACAACAUGAACAAAAACAAGAGCAAUCAUCAAAACAUGAAUGCCCACAAGAGCAAGAUGUUGAACUAUAUUCUGAAAAAAAUCAAAUGCUGAAACAAGAGCACGUACAUAGAAAUGAAGAAGAGCAAUUAAAUAAACCUGAAUAUGAACAUGAAAAUAAACUUGAACAUAAAGAUGAAUGUGAACAAACUCUUCAAAAAGACUCCGAACAACUACAAAAAUUGCGACAGCAAGAACAGCAACAACAAGUGACGCAACAACAAUUAUUGCAACAACAACUACAUUCACAAUAUGCUAACUAUAAUCAACAACAACAAUCACAAACAAACAUUCAACAACAACUACAAACACAUUACCAACAUCAAUCACAAAUUCACAAUCAACAAUCACACCAACAAAAAGAACAACCACCACAACAUCAACAAUCUCAAACCCAACUACAGCAACAGCUCCAACAACACAAUCAGCACCUUCAACAACAAUCACAGCAGCAACUACAACCACAGCAAAGCCAACAGCCACAACAACAAACACAACUACAACACCAAACACCACAGCAACAACAAUCGCAACAAAACCUACAACAACUGCCGCAACAACCACAACAACUGCAGCAACAACCACAACCACCGCAGCAACAGCCACCACAACAACAACAGCAGCCACAACAGCCACCCCAACAACAUUUUCUGCAACAUCAACAACAAUAUCAAAAAUCACAACAACAAAUACACCAACAGCAUGCAACGCAACACCAAGCGCAUCAGUAUUUGCAGCAAUAUUAUCCACAACAGUCAUCAUCAGCUGGCUGUAACACACCAACAGGAGUUACAUCAUCAUCAGCUCGUGGUUCGUCAGUAUAUAACUCUCGUCGUACAUCGGUUGAUAAUAGCGGGUCUGAUUUUUCAAAUAUACCAACGAACAUAAUUGAAGGGGCAGAUGCAAUAGAGCAAAACUUUCCACCAAGCAGUAAUUGCGGUACUAGUGUUCAAACUCCAAAUGAAAUGCAUUCAGAUCAACAAUUUAAGAUUGUGAAACAAAGAAGUCUGGAAAAAAACGAAACUAUGACAACUGGAGCAGCAAUUAAUACUAGUUCCUUAGCAGAUCUUGAGAAGAAGUUGGCCUUACUUACAAAUGCUAAUGUUAUGGCCACAUCUAAUCAAAGUGUAGCAACGGACGUAAAAGAAUCGCAACAAAAAACAUCAAUGCCUGUGGCCGCAACUAACGAUACAUCAGAAAAAGCGCAAGCUAUGCGUAAGAUUUCACGCUUUCGUGUGAGUAUUGUUUCAGAGACACUACCAAAAUUAUCGCCAAAUGAAAGUGUUUCGGCACCAGCAUCACAAAAAGUCUCUCAAUCGGGUCGGAUUGCAUCGGAGGAGCCACAACAACAGCAAACGCAACAUCUACAGAACCAAACUCAGAUGCAAUCGCAACAGAUUCAAAAUCAGUCUCAAAACUCGACUUCAAUACCACAAAAAGAUCAACCACAACAGCAAGUACAGCUAAAUCAACCAAUUUUACAGCAAGACAUUUCCUGUGUACCACAACAACCACAUAAAUUGAUAUCGGCACAACAACAUGUGGAUCAACCUAUACAAAACUCUUCACAACAAAUUAUUCCCCAACAACCCCAGUUAUCACAAUCUUUAACAGCUCGAAGUAGUGUGCCUAACACACCAUCCCAGGAGUAUAUAGCUUUAGUUAGUGGACAAAAUAUGCCUUCGCAGCAGCAGCAGCAACAGCAACAACAGCAUCAGCAGCAACUGCUUCAACAUACGCCACAGCAACACAAUACAAGCGAUCCAAUGUCACAGCAAAUACAACCACAGUCGCAACAUCAUCAACAGCAAAUGCAACCUAAUGUUGAAAAUAUGGGAUAUGAUGUUAAAAAAUCCACAGGAGACAAUGCAAAUAUUUUAACGGUCCGGAUUGCAUCUGAGGAACAAUUGUCGUUAGCAGCAACAAACCCAUCUAUGCUACCUUCUGUGAUACAAUCAGAUAUUAAACACAAUCUUGAUACUGCUCGUAAUCACUUAUGCGGAAUUCGGUUGGAAACAAAUGUACGACAACGGCUACUUCUUCUAUUACAACGCCAACAUAUUGAAGAAGAUGAGUUGAGAUUGAAGCAUUUUGUUGAGUUAGAGAAGUUCCAAAAAACUCUCCGAGCUACUUAUCAUAAUAAUGAAAACAACGAAAAUUUUGCAAUACAACACACACCGCCGACAUCUCAACAUCAACAGACAUCUUCAUCAAGUCAUGUGGCACAAAGUAGUGGAGGCGAUUCAAUUCAAAUGCAAUUAACACAGCAAUAUCAACAACAAAUUAUGAAUCACCAACAGCAGCAACAAAAAUCACAACAGCAGCAUUGGAAUAAACAACAGCAACAACCUGGUCAACAGCAUAUCGUUUAUUCUGACACAGAUUUGAUGGCUCAACAACAGCAAUUGAUGUAUGUGCAUAAAAUUCCACAAGCCGUAUACGCUGCAUAUGGACAGCAAAUGUCACAAACUUCAACUGCACCAUCGCUUUUGAGCACAUUGCAGUCCCAAGCAGCGUCCGGCACAAGACCGAUUCUCAAUGUUCCUAAUAGUGUUUUUAUAAGUGGAAUGCCCGCAACUCAACAACAAUAUCCAUCUUCAAUGGAAGUCGGAGUUAGUGGUGCAAGUUGCACAAACACUUUACCCCUUUUGCCAUUAGGUAGUGCAGGAAACCCAAUACCCAAUCAACAACAACAACAACAAUUUUAUGAUCAGAAUCCACACCAACAAAUACAGCAACAGCAAUUGACACAGGUUAAACAACAACAAAUUCCUCCGUCUCAACAACAAAUAACACCGGAACAACAACAAAUUCACUAUCAAUAUUCCGGAGUGCCAGCAUCAGUUUCCACAGUAUCCGCUUCUGCAUCAACAAUAACAUCAAAUACUUCAAAUGCAAAUGUGCCAUAUUUUGAUGAUACCUCAACGCAAUCACAAUCAUCGCAACAGCAACAGCAACAACAACAACAGCAACAACAACAACAGCAAAAUCUUUCACAACAAUAACUACUGUCGCAAAUAACAUGAAUUGCUAUUUAAAUCUUUUAAAACUUAAAACCAGUACCAGCUGCAUCAUCAAAUUCCCUCAAAUAAUACAGCACGUCAGAAUAUCAGCUAUCAUCUUUCACAAUUAAAUGAAUAUAUAUUAUAAAAAUUACAAUUAGGUGCAUAUAAUCAUAUAUAUAAAAGUUAUGUCCUUAUUUAAGUAUCCAAAUUCCAUUUCUCAUAUGUACAUCGUUAAUCUUAAGAAAAUUUUCAGAUUGCUGUAGAAAACAAAAUAGUACAUAGAUUUGUACACAGUAAAAAAAAUAAAUAAAUAAAUUCUCUCUCGAAAAGAAUGAAAGCUAACGAUCUUAAUAAAAAGGAAACGAUUUAUUUAUCCAUUGGAAUAGAACGUAGUAACAGAAAA